AUGGCCGGCGCCGGCAGCCGCACGGACGACGACUACGACUACCUCUUCAAGGUGGUCAUCAUCGGCGACUCGGGCGUGGGCAAGUCGAAUCUGCUGAGUCGCUUCACCCGCAAUGAAUUCCACCUCGACUCCAAGUCGACGAUCGGCGUAGAGUUUGCGACGCGCUCAAUCCAGCACGACGGGAAGAUCAUUAAAGCGCAGAUCUGGGACACCGCCGGUCAGGAGCGCUACCGCGCCAUCACGUCGGCGUACUACCGCGGCGCGGUGGGCGCGCUGCUCGUCUAUGACAUCUCGAAGCGGCUCACCUUUGAGAACGUCGAGCGCUGGCUGAAGGAGUUGCGGACGCACGCAGACCCGUCGAUUGUGGUGAUGCUGGUGGGGAACAAGUGCGACCUCAAGCAUUUGCAGGCGUGCGCGACGGAGGACGCAAAGGCCUUUGCGGAGCAGAACAACCUCGCCUUCAUCGAGACGUCGGCGCUCGACGCGACCAACGUCGACCUCGCGUUCGAGACGAUCCUGAUCGAGAUCUACCGCAUCGGGUGCUGCUGA